AUGUUUAAUGGGAGUUUGCAUGGGUUCUUUGUAGCUAAGCGGGGUCUUCGUCAAGGAGACCCAACGUCUCCUCUUCUUUUUGUCUUGGGCAUGGAAUAUUUAUCAAGAGUGAUGAUGAAGGUUGGGGAGAAAGAAGAUUUUAAGUUCCAUGAAAGAUGUGAACAACUAAAAUUGAAUCAUCUUUGCUUUGCGGUUGAUGUCUUGCUUUUCUGUCAUGGUGAUUUUAAAUCGAUUUACCAUAUGCUUCAAGGUCUCAAACUUUUAUCUCAAACAUCGGGUCUACAACCAAGUGAUUCCAAAUCUGAACUUUAUUGUUGCAACAUGGCUGAAAGUGAAGUUCAAAGAGUGGUGGAUGCCUCAGAUGGUGCAAAGAAUCAAAGUGUGGAGUUCAAGGAACUUGUCUUAUGCAGGUCGGGCAACAUUGGGGUGGACUCAAGCGGUUUAGGAUUAGUAGAUUGGGAGGAUUUGUGUAAGACCAAAAAAGAAGGUGGGUUGGGGUUAAGAAGAAUCAAAGAAUGGAAUGAGGCGGCGAUAGGCAAAUAUGUUUGGGCUAUUGAGUCUAAACAGGACACAUUAUGGGGAAGCGUGAUAGCCGUCAAAAGUUUGCUUGGGAAGCAAAAAGGCAUGAUUGGACGUGGAUAG